GGCCCCUUUUCGAUCUUUUCACUUAUUUUCUGAGCAAAUCGUAAGUUCGACUGACUUGAUAUUUUGUGAUUUUUCAUCAGUCAUAUGAAAUAUUAACCACUGCAUUUUGGAGUGUCCUAUUUUUAUUAGGUUGUGAAAUAUGAAGCUUACCACCUAGAAGGACGGCGGGGCCAAUUUGGCCCCUCCAACAUUUCUCUGUAUUUAGAGGCUACUUCUUUGUAAUACUGCGUAUGAAAUCACAUCAACUGUUGUCCCUUUGUUGUUCAAAUAUGCGACAACACUGUCAUUCAAUCCAGUGCUGAUUGUUGGUUAGUUGAUGCAAGGAUUUCAGUUAUUGUCUGUUGUGACAGUAUCUGAGAGUCGUCCCUGCAGUCAUGAGCUACAGAUGCAAGAAGUGGCUAACAGACGCUGAAAUACUAGCAGAACUGAGAAAAAUAGAAGAUGAAAGUUCAGGUGAAGAAUUUGAGUUUUCCGACAGCGAUCAGGACAAUGAAGAAAAUGUAGUAGUUCCAGUGUGUGAGGAUGAAGAAUGUGAUUUGUGCAACGAAUGUGAUGAUGUAAACACAGCUCAGGACAGUUUUCCGCUAAAUUUAGGGGAAAAUGAAGCUUCUACAUCCAGCAUGCCUUCUGAUGUUCCAAAUUCUAGCUCUAUAAGAUCAACAACCCGGACAACAUUUGCUUCCCCCGGAAGUCAGUCAAAAACUGAUACCGGGCAACCUACUGAAGAAAAAGAAACAGCAAAAGAUGGAACUGUGUGGAAAAUUGUAUCAGUGGGUUCUAAUGCAGGUCGUUUACAAAGUCAUAACAUUUUGCGGGAGAGAUCAGGACCAACAUCAUAUGCUAAAAGGAAAAUUCAAAGUGGGAAACUUCUUAGUGCUUGGCGGUUAAGUUUCAGUGCUUCCAUGAUGCACCACAUCAAGCACUGUACUGAAGCUGAGGCUUCAAGCACUGUACUGAAGCUGAGGCGCUCGUCGUUGAACAAAAGACGAUUCCUGGACAGUAGACACUGAAGAACUAGAUGCUUUUGUUGCCAUAAUGUAUGCAAGAGGAGUGUAUGGGGGCAAAGAAUUUUCCCCUCAAAAGCCUAUGGUCAACAGUAUGGGGUCCUACGUUUUUCAGACAAACUAUGGGACGAAACAGAGUUAUCGAAAUAAUGAAGUAUAUGAGGUUUGACACCAAGUCCACUAGAUCUGAAUGCCUCAAGCAAAUUUGCUCUCGUCUCAGAUACUUGGAAUGCUUUUAUAGAAAACAGUGUGCCAUGCUAUAAAGCAGAACCUUAUCUUACAGUUGAUGAACAACUUUUGCCAUGCCCAUUCACACAAUAUACUGCAAGCAAGACAGAUAAGUUUGGCAUAAAAUUCUGGUUACUUGUAGGUGUUUCUAGUAAAUACAUACUGAAUGACAGCUGACCAAGGUGUAGGUGAAAAUGUUGUUCUUAGGCUUAUGGGACCAUACUUAGGCAAAAGUUUGAAAGUCACUACUGACAGUUACUUUACUUUGCUAAGCCUUGCAAACCGUCUAAGGGCAGUAUCCACAACUUUAGAAGGUACUUUGAACCAUAAUUGAAGGGAGGUGCCUCCUGCUGCAAAGACCAGAAAACAACCACUCCACUCGACUAUUGUGUAUAAAAAUGAUGAUGGAACAACACUAACAGUUUAUCAAGGGAAAACAAAUGAGAAUGUUUUGUUACUGAGUUCACUUCACUCUCAUGUAUCACUGUCUGAUAGUCAGAAAAAGACUCCUGAAACAGUGCAAUUCUAGAAUGAAACAAAAUUUGGGGUCGACAUAGUUGAUCAAAUGACAAGGAUGUACUCCACAAAAGCCAGUACAAGACGUUGACCAAUGCAUGUAUUUUACAACAUCCUUGAUUUGGCUGCCAUAAAUUCCUGAGUGUUGUAUAAGGAAGUGACUGGUAUGCGACUUAGCAGGCAGAAGCAUAUUUUUGAUUUGUGUGAAGAGCUUCAAGCGCAGUAUGUAUCAUCAAGAAAUAAAGAGCCAGACCAGACUCAUGCAGACACUAAAGGCAGACCACAGAGGGCAACUAAGAGAGAGAAGUAUAAAAUUCAUACCUCAUGUAAAGGAAACCAUACUGCUACUGUUUGUUCAGGUUGUGAGAAAGCAGUAUGUGGCAAAUGUGAGAAGACGAGUGUGGUGCAACAAGUGCAGCAGUAAACAGCAGUGGACUACGGUGGAGAGAGAGAGAGAGAGAGAGAGAGAGAGAUUAAAAGAUGCAAUGAAACACUGUAGUGUGAGCAAGCGAACUGUGUUUUCCACAAUAAGAGCAGCAGUGUGCUAUGUUGUUUUGUGGUAUUCACUUCAUAUAGUGUGUGUACAGACUAGCAGGUUUCUUUGUAACCGAAACCCACAAGUUACAUUCUCACACAUAAUCAAGUACACCAUUUGGCACAUAUUGCUAUGUUUUUUCUUUCCUCCGACAUUGCUCUCGGGAUGACAGAAAGUUAUUCUGAGUAAUGCUGAACAAUUCAACAAUAUGUUAACAAUUUUCUUCACUGUAAACCUGAAAACACUCCAAUUCUCACAUGUGUGACUAUAACAAAGUAAUGCAUAAUUCAUAUGACUACUAUGUGAUGAGAAACCCUUGUAUGUCAUUUCCAGAUACAUUUACUGGCCAGUGUGCUCAACAGAUUUAUCUCUAUCAGAUUACUUCACACACAAUUCAGGGAAGGGUCUACAUAAAUUAACAACACAACUGUUGAACUGAUGCAGGGCACUCAGAGGUACAAUUACUCAUCACCAUCUUGUACAGCAGGGUCUGCUUGGAGCAUAAACCUCUUCAACUCUGAUAUUCCCACCACCCCUCUGUCGCUACUCUGGCCUAGUCUUCUCCUCUCCUCUGAAUACUCGUUUCCACGUCUUUUAACCAACUUUUACUUGGCCUUCCCCUCUUACUUUUGUGUAAGUACUACAUAAACUUGUAAGUAAAUUAUUCAUAUCCUUUAAGAAUUAAUCAUCAUUGAAAUGUCUCCGCCCCACACAAAAAUAAUGAAAUGAGUAUUUGUAUGUCAAAAUUUCAAAUUAAUUUCUCUGUGCUGUAUUCAUGUUAUAUAGAUUGUUCCAAAUGGACACAAAUAUAUCCCAUACAAAGCUUAACACAGAAUGGAGGGAAAACAAUUACAGAUGUAAACAAACUCUUGAAUCCUCCACUGAAAAAUAAACAUUGAUACACAUACAACAUUGUGUACAGCACUGUACAACAAAUGAGAGUUUCUUUUUUUUUCUUUCAUUAUUGACUGGAUACUGAUUAACAGCAGCAGUGUGUAUUACACUUUCAUUUUCUUUGGCAGCGUCUACCAGUGUGCUACUGUGCACGUAAAUCACACAAUGUUUCAUAAUUUAUGUUCUCUUACAUGUAUGGUUUUACAAUUCACUGGAACAUAAAAGGAGUAUUCUUCUGUAACAAUUACUGCUUCAAUUACAAACUAAAUUGUUGUUGGUAUGGUGGAUUUUCACAAAAGGAAUUUGUCUACUUCCAAGGAAUUUUAAAAGUUAUGAUAUAUGAAUAUUAACUUUCAGUAAUGUGAAGCAAGAUUCUGGGGUAAAGAAAUGGAAAGAGUCAUGAAGAUUCAUUGCAGAAGAGAAGCACAAGAUAAAUGCUUAUUUUCCAUGUAUUUUCAUUUGUCAAUACAAUAAAAAAAUGAUAUAACUCAG